UCCUGGGUGGAGAGCAGCAUCAGCAAGACAUAGGAGCAGUAAACACACACGAUCUGAGGAAACAGCCAAGGUCAGCCUGGUUGUGACUAGAAUGUGUGAAAGAAAAGCAGUGAGGAGUUGGGAGAGUGGGCGGAGCUGGACCUGAAAGGCUGGCUUACAAGAAUGAUCUUCCUAACCUACUACCGUUAUGUUGCCAACUUAUCAACUUAUUAACUGAAGACCUCGCCCAGAAGGAACCUUUGAUGAAGUUUGAUCAAUACAAACGAACAGAUGAGAGAGUUCAAAGAAAAACUCAUUUUUGGGUGGGCGGGGACCCGGCCAGUGCUCCACAGCUGUCUGUGACAUCAGGGCCAGCUGGUUGCCUGGGUUCCCAGACCCCACCAUGGUGCGCGCGGGCAAGGUGGGGACGCAUCUCCCCAUGUCUGGAUUGGACAUCUUCGGGGAUCUGAGGAAGAUGAACCAGUGCCUGCUCUAUUAGCAGGUGUUAAACUCUGCCAUGAUGGUGUCUGCUGCACUCACAGUUUGGAAAGGCCUGAUGGUGCUCCCUGGCAGCGAGAGCCCCAUCCUGGUGGUGCUGCGUGGCAGCGUGCAGCUGGCCUUCCACAGGGGAGACCUGUUUCUCACAAAUCUCCGGGAAGACCCCAUUAGAGCUGGUGAAAUAGUUGUUUUUAAAAUUGAAGGACGAGACAUUCCAAUAGUUCACAGAGUAAUCAAAGUUCAUGAAAAAGAUAAUGAGGACAUCAAAUUUCUGACCAAAGGAGAUAAUAAUGAAGUUGAUGACAGAGGCUUGUACAAAGAAGGUCAGAACUGGCUUGAAAAGAAAGAUGUGGUGGGAAGAGCAAGAGGGUUUUUACCAUAUGUUGGUAUGGUCACCAUAAUAAUGAAUGAUUAUCCAAAGUUCAAGUUUGCUCUUUUGGCUAUAAUGGGUACAUAUGUGUUACUGAAACGUGAAUCUUAAAAUGAGCUGCAGUUCCUGAAAACAGACCGACCUGAAUUCUGUUGAAAAAGAGAAAAACUAAUGUAUUUGAAAUGUUCCACUUUCUGUAUAAAAAGGAAACUGUGGAGAUGUGUUUGUCUUGUCCAAAUAAAUGAUUCA